CUGCCGUGUCAUUCUCAGCGUUAUAGUUAUGUUGAGAAUUUUCCCAAAAGAAACGAAUUAACAGUAAACUGCAAAGCACGUACGAGUCACCUUAAAAACGCCUGAAGUAAUUCGCAUCACCUACUACUCACUUUUCAUUAUCGAAUCUUUUGUGUGAUAGUGGCAAUGUAUUGAAAAUUAAUAUAAUCGUCAGCGAUAAGCGAGAAAAUUGUCGGUAUAUAACUCAGUAUCGUCUAUACUGCGUUCCAUUAUUAAUCCAUUCAAAAAUUACUAAUUGCCAUGGAUACGAUCACCGACGAAGAAAAGGCGAUCGUUGAGAAACUUCGACAAAACGUUAAAGAUGAGUUACCGUUGUCAGUUACAACCCUUUCCGCUGAAGAUCAAGAUUUAUUUCUGGUUAGAUGGGUAAGAGCACGUGACCUCGACCUUGACAAGGCCACGAAUAUGUUACGGAAUUCUUUAAAAUGGCGAAUCGAGAAAAGGGCCGACGAUGCUUUGAACUUUCAGAUCCACCCCUUUCUUGCGGAGAAUUUUGUCGUCCGCUUUUCCGGCACGGAUAAGCUAGGUCAACCUGUGUUCGUUGUGCCGUUAAACGAGUGGGACUUACGCAAGGUGGUAAAUGACGCUGAUCGGCUGGCUGGAUUUGACGACUUUGCAACGAAUUUCUUCGAAGUUUUGAGCUAUCACAUCAAAGAUGAACAUAACAAAAGGAAAAAAGCCGGCCAAGGAGCAAUAACACAAAUGACUUUGCUGCUGGAUGUGAAAAAUUACUCUUACUGGCAGCUGGUAAAUUUCGGAGCUAUCAAGAAAAUAUUACAAAUUGCGGCCAUGUAUGAAGCUCACUAUCCGGAAAUUCUGUAUCGAGCCGCUUUCAUCAAUUGCCCACACUAUUUUGGCAUGUUCAUUACCUUGCUCAAACCAGUACUUGCUCCGAAAACUCUGUCGAAGAUAGUGUGCUACCCGAAAAUGUCGGAUUGGCAAAACGAUAUAAAGGAAUUGAUGGAUCCAGAUCAGAUUCCAGAACGGUAUGGUGGCACCAAGAUCAGCGAAUAGAAACAAAGCAAUAAUUUUGUAAGUUAAUUUUACUCCGGGUCGGGUCAGGAAAUGAAACACUAUGAAAUCAUCAGAAA